UGCAAUGCAAAUCUAAAGAAUCAUUGAUAGAUUUAAAGCCAUCAAUAUAUAACUAAUAAGAAAUUGGUUUUAAAAUAAAAGUGUUCAAAUUUAUCGAUCAUAGCAUACAAAAUUUCCAAAAUAAUGAAGACUGCAAUUGUAUUAUUAUUAGCGUUAUUUGGAGUAGUUUUGACUGCUAGAUUUGAUAACAUCGACAUAGACAAAGUAUUAGGCAAUCAACGGGUUUUAGAAAGUUAUUUAAAAUGUAUGUAUGAUGAAGGACCAUGUACACCUGAAGGAAGAGAUCUCAGAGAAAAAGCUCCUGAAGCACUUGAAACAAAUUGUAAAGAUUGUACUGACAAUCAAAAAGCGUUAGUACGUAAAGCAAGUUUGUUCCUAAUUAAGAACCGUCCUGAAGAUUGGAAAAAAUUAUCAGACAAAUUUGAUCCUGAAGGAAAAUAUAGAAAAGCAUUCGAUGAAUUUUUAAAAGAAAAAAACUGAGCUAAAGUACCUACUCAAUUUACCCUUUAGAAUGUGAUAUUAAAAAAAGACAUCAGCUUGCAGCUUUCCACUUAAGUAUACCUGAAUGUACUAUUUGUUGAGAAAUUUCCAUUAAAUAAAAAAAAAAAUCAAGUAAUUCUUUA